AUGACUGUCACCGAGAUCCUCGGCUCGACGUCUUUGGUGGCGGCCACCAUCCUGUGGCUCCUGUUUGGCAGGAAGUUUAACACAGUUCAGUCGUCGGCUACGAGCGUUAUGGCUGCCGGGCUUAUGGUCUACGGAUGUGCCUCCAUGUGGCUCAACCUCGUCAACGCAUUCGUCCCGGACCCUUACCUGGUGAGGACAACUGACGAGUUCUUUCAUAUCCCGCAGGCGCAGGUCUAUUGCAAGAACAAAUUCGCCGAAUGGGACGAUAAGAUAACAACUCUCCCGGCUUGUAAGUUCCGUUCAUACCUCUUGUCGAGGUUCCUCAUCUCCUUGGGCGCCCUCAUCACCCGAAACACUGUGGAGGAGGCUUGCAAAGCAGGAGACUUGCGCCUCCACAACGCCUUUGCAUUGUUCGGCGUCGUCUUCUGCGCCGUCUACUGCCGGCAUCACAUAGAAGCCCAACACCGGGCCAUCAGCGGCCGGCAACCUCUCCAGUCCGUAUCGACUUAUUCUCUCAUGACUGGUGUCAACAUUUCGUUAUUUCCCGUCCUCUUCUUCUUCUCGGGCCUCUAUUACACCGAUGUGGUGUCCACGCUCGUCGUCCUCGUCGCCUACGUUAACCAUCUGAACCGCGUUGGCCGACCAGCCAACGGAGUGCUCAACGACAUAUAUACAAUCACUCUGGGAGUCUCAGCUUUGAGUCUUAGGCAAACCAACAUCUUCUGGGUGGUCGUGUAUAUGGGUGGUCUCGAGGCUGUGCAUGCCGUCCGACUGCUCAAACCAAAGGUCGAAGACCAACGGUGCAUGUUCAAGCUUACCGAAUACCUUGAACAUUUUACCCGGCGAUCCUCUCUUGGCGACAUUCACGAUCUCCCGCUGAACCUUGCGUGGCCGCAUAGUGAGUCUCAAUGCCCUCACACAAAUCUGCCGUCUGCUGACUUACAGACCUGUGCUUCUCUGCACUGA